AUGGAGAUUUAUUCUGUGCAUAUAGGGCUACGGUUCUUUGCCAGUGGCAUAUUUUUAUAUGCAGUUGGAGAUGCCGAAAAUUUGAGCAAAGCCACAGUUUGCCGUUCAAUUAGACAAAUGUAUUUAGCGCUUAAAGGAUUCCUGAACAUCUUCAUCACCUUUCCUGGACACAAACGAACAUGCUUCAUUAAGGAGGAAUUCUACAAAAUUGCAGGUUUCCCUAAUGUGAUAGGUGCACUGGACUGCACUCACAUUAGAAUAAAACGCCCCUCAGGUGUUCAUGAGGGAGACUUUGUGAAUAGAAAAUCCUACCACAGUAUCAAUGUUCAGAUGAUCUGUGAUGCUGACUGCACUUUCAGCAAUGUAGAGGCGAAGUGGCCUGGCUCGGUCCAUGACUCCAGAGUCUUUAGGGCCUCUACAAUUUUCCAGCGACUUUCACAAGGGGAAUAUGCUGGUGUUUUGCUUGGUGACAAGGGCUAUGCAUGUUAGCCAUUUCUUCUGACUCCAUUUGCAGACCCCCAGACAGCAGCACAGCACACCUAUAAUCUUGCCCAUGCAAGAUCAAGGGCCCGCAUCGAGAUGGCAUUUGGCCUUUUGAAGUCCCGUUUCCAGUGCCUUCACCACCUAAGAGUCACCCCAGAGAGGGCCUGUGACAUCACGGUUGCCUGCACUGUCCUGCACAUAAUCGCCUGCCUGAGAAAGGAAAGGGCUCCCAGAGUAGCCUUGGAUAUGGACUGGGACAAUGAAGCAAUAUUUCCAGACAAUGUCAAUGGCAGGCUGGUCAGAGACCAAUACGUUGCCAAUUACUUUUGA